UUUCCUUUGAGCUUCUAGAUUUCCCUGAAAAAUGAGAAUUUUCAAGACAAUGUCGUUAGGUGUGGUGUGGAAAGAGUUUGCUGGGCUUUGAGCAGUCCCAAUCGACGGCCAUGGCCGAGCACCGUGGAGUUGCUGAUCGUGUUGCUGAGUGGAACAGAAUGAUUUUCUCUGGCACGCCGACAGCUAGUCCGGCUCCUGCCAAGGGCAGGUCCCUAGAUUUUGAACCACCCAGUGCCGGAUCUGCAAGUCCUCAGGCUCAGGACAACAGUCAGAGAGAUUUGGCCGAACCUCAGGAUGAACAGCGAACUGGCAGCAAGAAACGGCAAUCUGGGAGUAUGUCCUUGCACGGAAAGGAUCGCAAACAUAAAUCACCCAUACCGUCACCUAAGGGACGAACGGAGUCAAGCAGGUCUAGAUUUGCAUCUCGAUCAUUCAUGACCACACCACACGACUCGAAGCCAUCCCGGCCUAGAUACCAGCCCAAUCCAAGCGCAGGCAAACCACUGACACAAACCUCGUCGGGAGACAGGCUGACUACGCGGCGUACACAUAAGCAGGAAACCCUAUUCUUUGGUGAUGGCUUGUACGACUUGUCGACUGAGUACAAUGAAGAAGUAUCGCAGUUCAAAGAGAGCCUUGCCACGGUACGCCAGCAGUACAGCUGCUCCGAUGCGUCUACAAAUCCCGGCCAUGCGUAUAGUCCUGCGGUUGCUUGGAUGCCCAUCGGCAAUUCGACUCUCAACCUUACAAUCUCUGUUGCAACGCAUCCACGUCCGCUGCGCAUAUCUGUUGAUGCUUCUUGCACCGUAUCCGACGUCCUGACGCAGAUCGUCAUGCAGGAGAACUGUGCGAUUCCCGCCCCAGAGCAAAAACCCAGUCGCUCUGCCACACUCUGCAUGCAACGUUCGAGUUCGGACGUACAGCCAGGGUCCGCUGCUUCAGUGGCAGUGGGAACCGUUUCCAGUGCUGGUGAUGUCCCCGCUGCAGCAGCGGGUCCGAAGCGCAACAGCGCCGCGUCUAUAUUCUCGCAUAACAGUAGAUCGAAAACCCGCCCACUAAGCCUCAGUCCAGACACGAAGGCUCCGUUGCAGAGCAAUGGCCGGCGGAACUCACCAAUGGCGCGGACAACCAACGACCGGAACAAUGCCACUGAUUCUGCGCCGCCAACUGUCAACGACAAGGCAGUUACGACGAGCUAUCACGUGACAACGGAGCGACUUCUCGGCCCGACGAAAAGCCUGGUCCUCAAGGUGGCCGGCCAGGCUGAGAUUCUCAAGCAUGAUGUGAAGAUUGGCCUUUACCAGUACGUCCAUCAUUGCCUGCGCUUCAACAGGCCUAUUCACUUUGAGGUACUGGCCAAGCAGUCGUUGAACUCCCUGGAAAGAACGGCUGAUGACGAUGCGUACGAUAGUAGGCCGCAGCGUUUCGCCAGCUUCAUGCCAAUCGCAGAAACCACAUCUAUUAGCAAACGUGGUUUGGAUGUAUUGACAGAAACGUUCGGCAAGGAGUGCGAUCGCUUGGUGAAAUCUAGCCCAAGUGACCUUGUGCAGAACUGUGAUCGGGUCCUGCAGACUGCCAAGGCGUUCGUCGUUAGUCUCGCGUCCGUGGAGAGCUGUGCUCUGACCGAGAGUCUGACACUCCUGAAGUGCAUCUGCAGCGUCUCGGCAAAGUCGAACGACAUGGAGAAAGUGAAGAAGACGGUAACCGAAGUUCGCAAUGUAGUGGCCGAGGAGGUGAAGACCUAUUGUCAAGCGUUUGAACUCGGCGUGGACCCGCAGCUGGUCGACAUCUCGUCGCCUUGCGUUUCGCUGCGCGAUGUUGAGAAGGACUUCAAGCUCUCUGUCCACGUCUCCAGUGCUCAUCGGUUACGUAUGAAGGAGCCAGUUGGUUUGAUGGUGUCCUUGGAACAUGCGGGUCAGCUGUUGACGGCACCCAUCAAGACUGAACUGGUCGCACCCAGCGACAAGCUCUUCCUGGAUAGUGCUAUUUGGAACACGUGGUUGGACUUCAUACCGCUCGUCAAUGUGCCGAGAGAAGCAAUGGUUCGCUUCGUUCUUUUCAAGCAGCCGGACAAAGACACUGACUACGAGAAAGAACUGCCCGCGUCUCCUGUCCAGUCGAGUAUCGGCGAGGGCGUGCACCCCAUCGGCUGUAUAGCCGUGCCGGUCUUUAACUUCAAGGGACGCCUGGUGACGGGAAAGCAAAUGCUGGGGCUAUGGCCGUAUCACCAAUAUCCGCCAUACGGCUUUGUCUCCAGCAACAUCAUUGACAAGGAGAGCGUCAUUAUCCAGUUCAAGAUCGGUUUUCCUGGCAUGGAGGUCUCAUUCCCGCCACCGGACCCAUUUGAAACGAUGGAGUCGACUGAGAAGGAGAGGCCUAGCUCUCCGUUCAAGGACAGCGUUGAGCAUGCAAUACGUAUGAUCAUGACGAAAGGAACAGCGGAAAGCCUGGGGGACGCGGAGAAGAAGUGGCUAUGGAACCAGCGGUACCUGUGCUGGCGGCAGGUCUGCACCACGAGUCCGCAGAGCCUGGGCCUGUUCCUGUCGGCCGUGCCCGACUGGUCGCUGCACGAAGCCGGCCUGGCUCAUGCGCUGGCCAGGAGCUGGCCGAGUAUUGCGCCCACCGACGCCCUCGGUCUGCUGGACGGACAACUUGCGGACUCCGUGAUACGAGGCAUUGCAGCGGACAAGUUGCGCGGCUGUCCGGAUUAUAUGCUCUGUGAUAUUCUUCCCCAGCUGCUUCAGGCUGUCAAGUUUGAUCAGGGACAUUUGUCAUCGCUUGUACUGAUGCUGUUUCAGCGUGCGAUAAGUAGUGUAACAGUAGCGCACCGACUGUACUGGAAUCUGCAUGUGAUGCGGACAGACAAGUACUUUGGCAAGCGGUUUGACCUACUGCACGCCGGCUUGCAGCUGCUUGUUGGCAGUGCACUUCGACAAGAACUAGACGGAGAGCUUCGCCUGAUGGAGAAGCUCAACACGGUUGCCAAGGAGUUCAAACUCAUACCGCCGGCAAGCAGAGCGGGUGUACUGCCUGGUGUGCUGGAGAAGGGCACUACGGAUAUUGACUGGCCUGUUCGACUUCCCCUUAGCCCCGGCAUGGAAGUCUCCGGUCUCCGUAUUGAGAAAUGCACCUAUUUCUCCUCAAACGCGGCGCCGCUCAAGUUGACUUUCGCCAAUGUCAACCCAAGCAUGCCUGACAUCAGUGUCAUAUACAAGGUCGGAGAUGACUUACGGCAAGAUCAAAUAGUGCUGCAGAUGUUGCGGAUCAUGGACAACCUCUGGCAAGAGGAUGGUUUAGACUUACGCAUCAUCACCUACCAGUGUCUAGUGUUCUCUGAGGACAGUGGCAUGCUGGAAAUUGUCGACUCCGCUGCGACAAUGCGCGAGAUUCAGACAAUCGACGGUGUGACGGGAUCCUUCAAGGACUCGGCUCUGCUCAGCUGGUUAUCACAUCACAAUACGACCCCGAACGACCUGCGCCUGGCGGUGGAAAACUUUACGCGCUCGUGCGCCGGAUUCUGCGUGGCAACGUACAUCCUGGGUGUGUGUGAUCGACACAACGACAAUAUCAUGAUUCGGCGUAGCGGUCAUCUCUUCCACAUCGACUUCAGCAAGUUCCUGGGGAAUGCGCAGAAGUUUGGCUCCUUCAAGCGUGACCGAACACCAUUUGUGCUUACGCCGGACAUGGCAUAUGUCAUCAACAACGGCGAGCAGAUCAGCCCCAACUUCCAGGAGUUUGUGGACAUCUGUUGCCGCGCGUUCAACAUCCUGCGCCACCACACCAGCCACCUGGCUAACAUCCUGACGCUGAUGCGAACGUCCGGCAUGGAGGAGCUUGCACAGCCCGAUGAUGUCCAGUACGUGAUCGACGCGCUCAUGCCAGAGCUGACUGACAUCGAGGCUACCACUGCGUUUACUCGAAUGAUCGAAGAGAGCCUGAAGAACUGGUUCACCAAGUUCAAUUUCUUUAUCCACAACCUUGGGCAGCUGAAAUCAUCGACGGCAGAGCUUGAGUCGGCAAUUCUCUCCUUUUGCCCAAAGAACUUUGCUGUGGCAGACACUGGAGCUGUGGUGUCAGCCCAGAUCCAGCGUUACAAUCGCAAAGACGUUCCAGAGACUCACUACAUCUAUGCUAUUGAGGUGGUAUGGGAUGACAGUUGCGACAUCCCCGGUCCCAAUAGCAAAGUGGUGUAUCGUCGCUUCCGUGAGUUCUACGAGCUGCAGAGCAAGCUGCAGGAGCUGGUUGGGCCCAAUUUUGAGCUGCCACAGCUGCCCGGAAAGCUGAUCCUGCGGCGGUCCAACACGGUGGAGGUUGCUGCCAAGCGAAUGGAGGCGCUCAAUGUCUACAUGAUGAAGUUACUCUCGCUGAACCCAUUUAUCAGCCAGUCGGAUCUCGUCGUGACCUUCUUCACGCACUUUGUGCGCGAUGGUAUCAACAGUGAAGCGGAGAAGUAUGCCAGCAACAAUCAAAGCCAGGUGUCCGGCUCUAUCAAGCUGUCAAUCACCUACAAGAUGCGUGCGCAGAAACUCAUCGUUGUGGUCGGCCAUGGGAAGCAACUGGCCAGGACCGUGAGCGGCACGUUACCAGAUCCGUACGUCAAGCUGUACAUGAUUCCCGAUCCGCUCAAGUCGUCGAAGAAGAAGACCCGCGUGAUGAAGAACACGCAGCACCCGACCUUCAACGAGUCCUUCUCCUUCGACCUGUCGUCGUUCUCGAAGGUCAGCUUACAGGAUCGGCAGCUCCAGGUGACCGUGUGGCAUCAUGAGACAUUAUCGAAGCACUUCCUCGGAUGCGUACACAUUGAUAUGCGCAACAUCCUGAAGCAGGCAACUGAAGAAACUGUGACAGAAUGGCACAAACUGCAGCCAAUGUUCUCCUAAUGCCUAGCUGCAUAUAAUGGUCCUGUUGAUAACCGCUAUCCAGCACUAGGUGUUGAUAACCGCUGUCCAGCACCGUAUAUACGUGUUGAUAACCGCUAUCUAGCGCUGUUGCCAUUGCUAUCAGCCUUUCAUUGUCAUUGUUCAAAUUCCCGCGUGCUUUUCUGUAUUUGCUCAAGGGCGAACGUUAACCCCAUCGCCUGGUCUCUCUCUCUCUCCUCUCUCUCUCUCUCUCUCUCUCUCUCUCUCUCUCUCUCUCUCUCUCUCGGUCUGCCUCUACUCGCCUCCCUCCCUGCUGACAAACAACAUAUGUGUACAAAUAUCACCACACUGCUGUGGUUUGUUUUUUAAUGCACACAGAGGCUCUCUAGCUACUGUGGCCAUGCUAACGGAAAUCUCUCUCUCUCUCUCUCUCUCUCUCUCUCUCUCUCUCUCUCUCUCUCUCUCUCUCUCUCUCUCUCUCUCUCUCUCUCUCUCUCUCUCCGUGCGUUCUCUACUUAGUAUUUACCUAAUAUUUUCCUUUCUCUCUGUAAUGCCUUGUUUUGCUGGUGUUGAUUGUGCAUAUAGAGCACACUUUUGCUCAGCUCUGUACAUUGUACAUAGGAAGUAGCUGGCGGGAGGCUUGUGCAGCAGGCCAGUGAUUACACCCCUGCUUUAAUAACCCUUAUUUUCUAUACAGAUUCCUUAUCGUUUUACUUUUAUGGUUCACCCAAUGUUCUAUCGACGGGCAUUUUCACUAGAUUCGCGAUACCGUCAUUUUGCUGCACACGUUCUUAGAUGCUUUCUUGAUUCUCAAAUUUAUAUGAUCAUAAAUAUUUUCUGGGAGCACAGAGAAUUUACGGCUGCCCUCUAGCUCUAGCUCUUAUUUAUAUCAGCGGUGCUCGAAUGCACGUGCCACGUGGUAAUUAUUUACGGAUUUCCCUUAGUCACGGCUGCGUCUUGUCUUUGGAUUGAUGUUUGUAUGUAUACGCACAAUCAUGGACAUGUACCCGUAUCAUUUACUGGGCUGAAAUGCCAUGUGUGCACCUUCACAUUCCAGAGUGCAUUCGUUCAUGUCGAUGUUAUUCAUACUAUUAUUAUUAUUUGAAUGAUUCUCCAGAGGAUGCUGGGAGUUUUGUAUGCCGUUGAAAAAGGAAGGAGUAUGAACAAGGA